GAGUAGUACCGGAUCGGCCAAUCCGCCACGAGAUCAUCCUCGAAGCCGAGGUCGUACCUCCGCGUGGUUGCAUCUACCGCAUGAGCGAGGAAGAGUUAAGUGUGCUACGGGCACAACUCAACAACCUUCUCGAGAAAGGUUGGAUUCGGCCUAGCUCUUCGCCAUACGGUGCCCCCGUUCUCUUUGUCCGGAAGAAGAACAAGGAUUUGCGGUUGUGCAUCGAUUAUCGCAAGCUCAACGCGCAAACCGUCAAGAACGCCGGCCCUCUUCCGCGCAUCGACGAUCUCCUCAAACGACUGUGCGGCGCCAAGUUCUUCUCCAAGCUUAACCUCAAAUCGGGAUAUCACCAACUCGAGAUCCGGCAGGAGGACCGCUACAAGACCGCGUUUAAGACGCGAUAUGGGCAUUUCGAAUGGCUGGUUAUGCCUUUUGGCCCUACGAACGCCCCAGCCACAUUCCAAGCAGCUAUGACAACGGAGUUCCGACACAUGUUGGAUAGAUUCGUACUCAUCUACCUCGACAACAUCUUGGUGUACAAUCGGAGUUUGAACGAGCAUGUGGAGCACCUGCGCACCGUUUUGGAGCGGCUACGACAAGCCAAGUACAAAGCCAACCGCGACAAAUGCGAAUUCGCGCGGCAGGAGCUAGAGUACUUGGGACAUUAUGUGACACCGCAAGGCAUCCGUCCGCUUGUGGACAAGAUCGAGGUUAUCCGCGUAUGGCCCGAGCCCACCAACACCACGAACGUUCGCUCAUUCAUGGGGUUGGCGGGUUACUAUCAACGCUUCAUCACUGGGUACUCAAGGAUCGCCGCACCUAUGACGAGAUUACAAUCGCCAAAGUUGCCAUUCGUAUUCGAUGACGACGCACGCCGGUCAUUCCAAGCACUCAAGGCGGCCAUGCUCAUGGCACCCGUCCUUGGCAUCUACGACCCCACCCUGCCAACAAGAAUGACAACUGACGCUUCCGACUAUGGCAUUGGGGCAGUCUUGGAACAACAUGACGGCGACGACUGGCACCCCGUGGAGUAUUUCAGCCACAAAGUGCCUCCCAUCAAUUCACUUGAUGAUGCAAGGAAGAAGGAGCUGCUCGUGUUCAUGAUGGCUCUCAAGCGAUGGCGACACUUCCUCCUUGGGCGUCGAAGGUUCACAUGGGUCACGGACAACAACCCGUUGACCUACUACAAGAUGCAAGAUAUGGUGAGCAGCACGAUCGGACGAUGGAUGUACUUCAUCGACCAAUUUGACUUCACACCGAAACAUCUCGCCGGCCUCUCCAAUCGCGCAGCAGAUGCACUCCCGCGAAAACCCGAUCUUUGCGCCAUGACACAUCAUGCCUUCGCAUUCGACGAGGAACUCCAGCAACACUUCAUCCGGGGCUAUGAGUCYGAUCCGGAUUUCGCCAYGUUGUAUGCGCARCUAUCUUCGGAUCACCCGCCGGCCAGCCACUAUCGCAUYGYCGACGGGUACUUGCUCCUCCACUCGAGAGGCAAGGACUUACUAUGUGUCCCACGAGACCGUCGUCUUCGGACUCGCCUUCUCGGCGAGUACCAUGACUCGCGACUCGCCGGCCAUUUCCGAGUCAAUCGCACUAUUGCACGACUUCGACAACGAUUCCGAUGGCCCGACCUCAUUACCGAUGUCACUCGGUAUUGCAAUUCUUGCAAAGUUUGCACACGAAGCAAGCCCCACAACCGCAAUCCCUACGGAAUCCGGCACGAAGAUGAAACCAAGUUUGGCUCGGCAUCCACAACGGACGGGCAAACGGAGCGGGCUCAUCAAACCGCUCAAAUGAUGCUUUGUACGCUCAUCCGUCCGGAUCAGAAGGAUUGGGUUGACCGCCUCCCCGACAUCGAGUUCGCCUACAACACUUCGUUGCAUCUGGUGAUCGGCGUGACUCCAUUCGAGUUGCACCACGGUGGCCGGAAAUGCUGUAUCUUCGUUGAUCUUCUCCUCCCACGAACAGUCGACAUAGACGCUGAUUGCUUCCCCGCUUCCGUCCGGAAGUACAGGGAAUUGCUGGCUCAAGCCCCCGUGAACAUGCAAAAGGCUCAAGUCUGCAUGCAUCAGCAAGCCAACAGGCGUCUCGUGCCAUGUCCCAUCCGCGUCAGUGAUCUGGUGUGGGUCUCCGCGGAAGAGUUUGCACUCGAGAAAGAUGUUUCACGCAAACUGCUUCCCAAGUAGUUUGGACCAUGGCCCGUAACAUCAGCCGCGGGCGAUGAGCCUGAUGGCCCCUCAUUUGUGAUCAACAUCCCCCCGCAUCUGACGGUCGAUCCAGUCUUUCACGCCUAGAAGCUAGCAACAUAUACACCAACUAAGAGCGACGACUUCCCAGGCCGACGAUCGCAAGACCCUCCCUCUAUGGAUGGUCAUCAGGAAGUUGACCGCGUCAUCACGGAUCGCAAGUACGGCAGCAAGCCUCGACAGUACAAGGUUACAUUCAAAGCAUGCGAUCCCGACGACACUCGAUGGAUUUCAGCAGCAGAUUUGAAAACANCGGCAGCAAGCCUCGACAGUACAAGGUUACAUUCAAAGCAUGCGAUCCCGACGACACUCGAUGGAUUUCAGCAGCAGAUUUGAAAACAUCCGCACCGCUGAUCUACGCUCACUACGAGCAACAAAGGUUAGCUAAGGGA